CACUGUCACAAUUUACCGAUACCAUCCUCCUUCACCUAUCCAUCUUACGUGAAACCCUUGUUGGAAGAAAAUGCAACAGUGUGAUAUACAAUGGCCAAGGGGUCUCGGUGGCGGAGACUUAGUUGGCGCCGGAACAACAGCGAUCGUUGCACGUCUCGAUGCCGUCAUAAAGUUCUGCCAACCCUGGGAUUCGCAUUUUUUAGACCGGGAGAAGCUUGUCUACGAGCGACUCGGCCACGACCAUCAAGGCAUCGUUCGCUAUUUUGGCGUGCUGGACAAUGCGAUUGUCCUACAAUUUGCACGAGAAACAUCCAUCCGGCAAUAUAUCGGACGACAGACGCGGAUUCCGCUUCACUUGAAGCUUCGAUGGGCGGAGCAGAUCUUCGAUGCUGUGCAAUAUGUCCACUCAAGAGGAGUGCUCCAUGGCGACAUCUCGUGUAAUAACGUAUUCCUCGACCAUAAUCUGAACGUCAAGCUAGGCGACUUUGCUGGUUCGUCGAUUGAUGGGUGCCCACCGCUUGUCUGUUAUGAGACUAGUCAUGAACUUCCUGGGACAGACAUCUCCGCGAAGACUGAGCUGUUCGCCCUUGGCUCUACGGUGUAUGAGUUGAUGACCGGAUCGAAGCCUUAUGCGAGUGUGAGUGACGACCAAAUAAGUGCCUAUUUCGAGGCAAGCCGCUUCCCGGAUGUGACAGUUAUUCCCGCCCUUCGUAAUACGAUCCUGAAAUGUUGGAGUCAGGAUUAUGAGACUAUCAGUGAAGCGCUCCAAGACAUAAAGCUAGAAGUAGCUACGGAUAAGCUCUCCAUUUUCCGCCACAUCGUCCUUUUCAAACGCAAAUCGCUCCUGGUUCCCCUGAUUCUGACUCUAACGUCUAUACUACCAUUCAUAGGUUGGGCGAAGCGGUCAUCGCUACUACGAUGAAUCAUGUUAGUAAGGCUACAAGAUCGCUUCAUCUCUGCUUACGUAUAGAUUCUCUUUAUAUCUAUAAUAUCUAUAACUAAUAGUAAUUACUUAUACUAGAUAAUAUACUUAAGAGUACUAUAAUACUAGAUAAUAUACUUAAGAGUACUAU